AUGAUCCCCGUCGCCUCGGGAUCCGGUACGCGACCACCAGGACCACCAAUCAACCGGAAUGGAUCAUAUCCGGAUGCACCACCAGGCAUUCGCCUGAGUCAAGCACCUAGCCUCGGUCAGGGACGAGAACGAGGACGACCUGGAACGCCGGCGGGAACAAUCGCUGGUGCCGUGCCUGUGUCUGCUCCUGUGCGGCCCUCUCGCAAAGGCAAGGAGAAGGCCGUCGAUCAGGACAGCAUCAAUACACUUCAGCACGAGCAGGCUGACAUACAAGACAAGCCGGUACCACAAAAGAGCGCCGUUAAAGGCUCGUCGAGUCGCUCGGAUUCAGCCUCGAUCGCCGCGAAGGACAAGGUCAAGUCCGGCAAGAAGAAGGUCAGGAUCGACGUGGCCGAGUCAUCCCACUCGGAGUCUUCUCCAUCAUCGAACGCGUCGGCUGACGGGGAUGCCGAUGACGGCGAGGACGAGGAUGCCGAUGCCGAAGCUGAGGCCGAUGGGGAUGGGGAAGGGGACGAGAGUGAAAUCGGACCAAGCUCCCGCAGACAGAGCUCUGGACACAUCGGCCAGGCCGAAGAUCUCGAAGCGUGGGACUGGGACUGGGCAGACCCGUCGAGUCUACCUAUACCUGGCGUCGCAGGGCGCAAGAAGGAGCUCAAGUAUCUUGACGAGGCCAUCUACAAAUCGGCCCUUUUCGAUGCCGCCGAGCAAAGGGUCGACCUGGCGAGGAUGCUGCUCGAAUGGCAGGCCCUCAAGUCGAGGCAGGAUCAAGUCGAAUCGAGUACAAUUGCAGCGGAUGAAAUGCUCCCACAUCAAACGCCCCUUGAACCAUCGCUCGAGCACAAUAGGGACGAACCAGGUCAACCUACGACCAGCGACACAGAGGGGCCGAGAGCGCCCCGAGAGAGUCUGCCUCCCGAGUCGAUUCCCUCCGAGGUACCCAUACCAUCGGCGGCCUUUCUCGAAAAAAUGUCUAGAUGGCCUUUACAUCCCUCGCGGCUACCUCCUCAAGACGUCGCCUUGUCAUUGGAAGACGCGUUCCACGAUCUCGUUGCCGUCGCACUCGAAGACUCGGUGCUGCUGAACUUGAUCCGACCCGCGCCCAGUCCACGCCCUCCACGGGCUCGAAGCGCCUAUCAGGCCAAUGCGCCGUUCGCCGUCCACGUCGACCCACCAAACAACCUUUCAUCCGAACAGAACGGUAAAACCAGUGGUCUGGAUCCAAGUUUGCAAGAUGACGACUUGGACUCCAUCGGGAGCGAAGACGAGGAUGAAGAAGAAGUGCUCACAUCAUCGCUCGACGAUACUCUUGACGAGGCAACCUUGCGCAAUCCUCAUCUCCCUCGCUUACUGCAUCUGCUCGAACAAACGACUGAAAUACUCAUCGAAGGAAUGUUAGAGCGUGUCCCUUUAGGCCCACCGCCUCCGAUGGACUUUUACCAACGGACCGGCGCGAUCGAUCCGGUCCAACUGCCACGGGCUAUGGGGUGGGAAACUGUGCUCGAUGUUGUAAAAGGGGUCGAAGGAAUAUCAUCAAGGUACAACGGAUGCACCUGUGAAAUUUUGAAUGAAUAUCAGGCGAGCGAGCUAACUUAACGUUGCUGCUGCUGGCAUUUACAGUGUGAUCGAGGAGCUCGAACAGAGCAUGACGAUCUUAUAUGGACCGGCAAGCCAGGAUCCACACCCAAUCCAAGUUUUGCCGCCUCUGAUCGCUCCUCGCAAGGUACGUCUACCAAAACGUCGGGAUACGGCUCCACCAGAUCCAUCAAAGAGUCGAGAGCAGAGUACGAGGCCGAAGGACACUACGUCUCCCGCAUCUGACGAGGAGACGACGUAUCGGGGGAAGAGGCAGAGGCGAGAUUCGACCGAGUCGAUCGAGCACGAGCACAAGAGGUCCAGGCAGACGACCAUGUAAGCCGGAAUGGCACGAAUGAAGUAUUAUGUGCCGGCUGCUGAACUUGUGUUUAUUCUUUGCUCGUAUGUAGCACUCGCUCCCGUUCAGCCUCACAACAGGCGCUGUCAGGCGGUGCUAAUUCGGACAGGACGGGCUCGCACGACGAUGGAGUCAAUGAAGCCCGUGAGGCUCAGAAGUUCACUGAUGCGGAGCCCGAUGAUAACGAUGGGAAAGAGGUGGCAACUUUGUUGUCGUCGCUCUUGGUGGUUGGCGCAAGAACCGCGCCUGCUUGA